AUGUCCAGCGCACGAUACUCCAUCAACGAUGAUGUUCGUACCUACGAAGUCUUCUCGGCCAAGUCGGAACUUUGGCGCCGUGCGCCUAUGGUCGUGGUCUUUGGUGACCGAAUCGAGGCCGACGAGCCACCCCGCGCGUCGUUCAGCCAGGUGACGCCUUGGGCCUCUGGCAGUUACGAGCUGGCGAUGCCGUCCAUGGGCGCGACCAUCCUCGAGCAUGCGUGGGUGCUGUGGUCGCUGCUGCGUCAGGGCCGGGACUUGGAAACGGGCCUCGCCGGUGUCAUUGCUGAGCAGCUCGUGACACCUGGCGACCGGGGCCAGCCUCUCGUGCUGGGGAUCUGGCUGCUGUUGGUCAAGUUUGCGCGGUGGCCGUGCCUCGCACGCUACAUGCAGCAGUUCCUCGACGUGCUGGCACCGAAUGAGGCGCUGCUCUGGGUCCUCAACGCAGUGCGUUCCGGGCCCGAGACGCUGCGAGACGCGUGCCGAGACGUCGAGGCGGUCCUGUACCUCGAGGAGACGCCCGAGAGGAAAGAGAUGGCGCUCGUGUCGCAUCCUACCUGGCCCAUGGUGUUGCACGUGUCGUUUGCCGGUGGUUGGAUGCGGUACGUGGCAGACGUCAGGUUUGGUCUCGCGUCGCUGACGCUGCGCGCCUCGGCAGAUGGCACAGGGUUGCAGAAGAUCGACUUGGAGUGGGCCGAUCUGGUGACUCCGUACCUCUGGUGGGACAACAAUGUGGGCAAGGGGGAGUAA